AUGCCUGUCACUUUGACCACGGCCAAGCAUCCACCGCGUGGAUGGGAGCCCCGGAGGGUAGCCAAUAUCGAAGACCUCUUCAAACAAAGCUGUCCAAAGGGGCAUGCCGAGAGCAAAAAGUUGAUUGGGAAUUCAUUCACCAAAGAUCUCUUCGAAACAUCUCACAUUUCCGUAUCCGAAAAUGGCUUUGUCUGGGCCGUGUUCCACGCCUAUAGUCAUCACCACAACCUUCUGCUCCGGCCCGAAGAUGUGUGGUUCACCAUUCUGUCACAGCUCAGUUUCUUCGUCGUGGCACAUUCCGAGGAACUGCGACAUCUAUUCGUCUCGCAUAAGGGUACAGAGCAUCUAAACAUCCUGUCAGAUGAGACCGUGGGUACUGUGGACUUUGGUGAACUGGCAAUGACUAUGACUGAGCUUAUGGAAAAGCACGUAGUGAAUCCAGACCUACGGAGCUGGAUUAUGCCGGCCUUCAGUACCACGACUGCGUCUGAUAAAGCGGUGGCAGCUAUCAUCAUGAUGGGCUCUAUGCAGAAGUAUUUCACUUAUCAAUUCAAUUUGCGGUGCGGGAUUCCGUCUGUCACUUUGCUCGGCGAGCGUGAGGACUGGGAGCUUAUGGUAACGAAGCUUGCUCAGCUAGCUCAUCUAGGAGAUGAGCCUGCUCGAUUCGCUCAGCUUCUUCGGCCGGUACUUAACAACUUCGUGGCUUCCUUUGACAACCCCGAAUCACCCGAUGUACUGAGUUUCUGGGGCAAAUUUGCGGACAGAAGAGGUGGGGGAAGCGGGCCAACUUAUCUGACUGGCUGGAUAUCGGUAUUUUGUUUCUGGGAUGUUGAUGGAAAGCUGCUACACCCAGAGCAGAUCCUUCCAGCAAGCUCGCCAGGCUUCAAGACACGGGACAUGGAGUUAGAGCUUGAUCAGGGUUUGUCGCGCCACAUAGACACAGAGAAAGUCCCUCUGGGUUAUGUCUCCGUGCCAGUCACAGUUAUUGACGAGCUGGGGCGGGAAUUCGAGGCGGUGAUGUUGGCCGGGCUGAUCGGCAUACAAGCCACUUCGAGUGGAGCAAUGCUAGAUGGUUCUGGAGGCCAUAGUUACGAGCGAAGCCUUCCAUAUUUCGUGGACGAUCACCGCCAGAUGAAGCGCUGCAAACCAGCCAUUCUCACUGGGCAGACUGGUUUUGAUUCGAUUCAACCGGUGUCCGGGUGGUUGGUGUAUGAAAAGAAGCCAAGGUAUGCCCCAAAGGACAAACCAGCUCAGAAACCACCCAGAGUAUUGGAUUGGUCGUUGGUCAGACAGGGCAAGUGA